AUGGCUGGUGUCAAAGUUGGAAUGGCCAAGAAAUCAAUUGGAAAAGCUGUACCACCUCCCGGUAAUUUGAGAGGAUAUUCAAAACCAGAAGUAAAAAGUGGCACUAGAGAAGCAAGGAAAAUGACCCCAAAACAGGAAACUGCUUUGAGAAUUCAGGCAGUCUCAUCACAAAAUCGCCAAAGUGGUCCUAAAUGCCAGUAUAAAAAAGUAAGGGGUCCUGAGGAUAUCCAUGAAAAGGGACAAAAACAGAAAACUCGAGUGAAAGUUCAAGAGUUUCCUAAGAAAACUCAGUGUAAAGAAGAGAAGAGAGAAAAGGAAGAUACUAAGAAGGGUACAGGCAAGGAAAAGGAAAUAGACAAAGGCCAACUGAAGGAACAAGAUGGUGAACAAAAGAAGAAAAAGGAGGACAAGGAUAAGAAGGGAGGUGAAGACAAAAAGGAGAAUAUGGACAAGGAUGAAAAGGAAGAUAACAAGACAGAUAAAAACAAGAAGAGAGAUGAAGUCAAGAAGGAAGACGAGGACAUGAAGGGAAGUAAAGAUAAGAAAGAGGAUGAGAGCAUGAAGGGAGGUAAAGACAAGAAGGGGGACAAGGUCAUGAAGGGAGGUGAAGACAAGGAGAACAAGGACAUGAAGAGAGGUGAAACCAAGACGGAGAAUGAGGACAAGAAGGAAGAAAACUACAAGCAGGAAGAUAAGGGUAUUAAGGAGGAUAAGGAGAAAGAGGAGGGCAAGGACAAGAAGGAUAAGCACGAAAAGGAAAGCAAGAAUAUGAAAGAUAAGGGGAAAAGGGAGAGCAAGAACAAUAAGGAGGGUAAAGGCAAAAAGGAGGCCAAGGACAAAAUGGAAGAAAAGGAUAAGAAGGAGAAUAAGGACAAAAUGGAGGGCAAGGACAAGAAGGUAGAUGAGGACAAAAAGGAGGACAAGGACAAGAAGGGAAACGAGGAAGGGAACAAGAAGGGAGAUGAGGUCAAGAAGGACAACAAGAACAAAGACAAUAAAGACAUGGACAAGAAGGGAGAUAAGGAUAAGAAAGAGGACAACGACAAGAAGGAAGAUGAGCACAAGAAGGAGGACAAGGACAAGAAGGAAGAUGAGAAUAAGAAGGAGGACAAGAACAAGAAAGAAGAAGAGGACACAAAGGAGGACAAGCACAAAGACAAAAAAGACAUGGACAAGGAGGAGGACGAGGACAAGAAAGAAGAUGAAGAUAUGGAGGACAAGGACAAGAAGGAAGAUGAGGAUAAGGAGGUCAAGGACAAGAAAGAAGAUGAGGAUAAGGAGGACAAGGAAAAGGAGGAAUAUGAGGAUAAGGAGGACAAGGACCAGGAGGAAGAUGAGGAUAAGGAAAUCAAGGAGGAGGACAAGGAAGAAGAUGAGGACAAGAAAGAGGGCAAGGACGAGAAUAAUAAAGACAUGGACAAGAAGGAAGAUGAGGACCAGAAAGCAGACAAGGGCAAGGAGGGCAAGGACAAGAAAAGGAGUACUGUGAAAAAAAGGGGGAGUAAAGAGGACAAGAAGGACAAAGGCCAGAAAGAGGUUUCCUGGAGCAAAAGGGCAAGUAAAAGAAGGUCAUACUGA